CCAACACCUCUCUUCCGUCACACCUCCCCCUCUCCCUCUCUCCUUCUCUCUUUCUCCCAUUUGUCGUAAGACAGAUCUCGUGGUCCGAUGUGAAGUGGGAGAUGAAGAACGAGGAAGAGGAGCGAACGGUCCUCGGCAUGAAUCAGAAGCAGGAUCUCCCACUUCACGUGAAGAAACGAGGUUCGAAUGAAAGAUGUCUCGAGAGACGGUCUCUGAAGCAGCAGCACUGGUGAGCAAAGAAGUCCCCGGCCCUGUCUCCUACACGAUGGAGGGAGGAAGACUUUCCGCCAAGAAUGAAUCAGGCAUAGAGGAGGACGAGGAGGGAGUGGACGAAGUGGACUUCGUCGACACAGAAGUCUCCGUCCUCUCUCAUUUCCACGAAGAUGCCAUCUCACAAGCCGGCUUCGGUUGUUUCCAAUGGAUCCUCUUGCUGGUGGUGGGAUUGGGGCUGGCUGCAGACACGGUGGAAUUGUUCGUGGUCGCCUACGUCUUGCCCUCUGCCGAAGUCGAGCUCUGCUUGGAUGACUUCAAGAAGGGAUGGCUCGGUGCGUUCUCGUGCCGAUUCAUCGGGGGGAACGAUGCCAUCGUGGAAGCCCACACGUUUACCACCUAUAUAGAGAAAGAAAAAGGGAAAGGAGGAGAGGAAAGACUGGAGGAAGGGAAGAGAGGGGGGAAGAGCGCGCCAUUUUGCGUCGGCGCCAUCACGUUCUUCGGGAUGAUGAUCGGAGGCUUCGUCUGGGGAGGCCUGGCGGAUCGCCUCGGGAGACGAAGGACGCUCUUAUCGUCGCUGAGCGUGAAUGCCGCUUUCGGGGCCAUCGCAGCCUUCAUGCCCACCUACGGCACCUUCAUGACCUCUCGUCUCUGCAGUGGCAUCGGGAUCGGGGGAUCUCUGCCGAUCGUGUUUGCCUAUUUCUCGGAGUUCCUGACCCGGAAGGACAGAGGUCGACACAUGAGCUGGCUCCUCAUGGCAUGGGCCAUCGGUGGCGUGUUCGUGGCCCUCAUGGCUUGGGCCAUCAUCCCCAAAACCGGCGUCAUGGUGGUGGAGAACGAGAAGGAGCAUUUCAGCCGGUGGAGAGAGUUUCUUCUCGUCUGUUCCCUGCCUUCGUUCCUGGCGGUGAUCGGACUCAUCUUCAUGCCCGAAUCCCCUCGAUUCCUCCUCGAUACCGGACGAGACGUGGAAGCCAUGAUGGUCUACCAGAAAAUCUACAAGUCGAAUCACGCUGGGGAUCGGAAUGGACACUACUCGUUGAGUGAGCUGGAAUUGCCGGUGCCGAAGCCGCCUUCGAGGAAGAUCAUGCCUCCUCCUGCUCCUGGAAACAGCGCCCUUGCCGACUUCAUCUACAGCCUCGAAACUGUAACCCUUAUAUGA